CUGUACGCAGGGCAGUGGGACUAGGAUGGCGCUGUGGUGCCUGUUUCGGUGUUUGGAGAGGAGUCAGGAGUCGAAUUGAGUCCUGCGAGUGAAUCAUCCACGUCCUCGGAGCGCUCGAAUGUUUUCUUUGAUGUGUUUCGACAUUGUGGAGUGAAUUGGAGAAGAGGAGAUGUGGGGUCACGGAGAGAGAAAGAGGCGAGUUCAGCUGUCGCGAGCUUGGUCAUAAGUGGACUCUUACGAGUGCUACAGGCGCACGACAAGGCGUUUAAGAGUUGCACUCGACUGUCUUGAAAGCACGGAUUUCACUUCCUGCCGUCUCUCUGGUGCAUUCCGACCUCUACUACUUCCAGCAAUCUGUCAACAGGAUUUUAAUGUAUCACUUUUUGUUUGUGGACUCUCAGGAUAAUUUUACUGGUAUUCGUGGGCUCAGUGGGGUUCAAGUCCCAACAGGGAGGAAAGAGCUGUUGUGCACGAAAAGGCUUGUGAAAGUGAAGUCUUAGGAUUCAUGGGAUAGGCGUAUCUCAGUCGCCAUGGUUUUCAACUUCCUGGUUAAACGGAAGGGAGAUUGAAAAGCCAAUUCUCAGAUGGUGAGAAUGACGUCUCGAGCGUGCUGUCCGUUCUGUGGAAGCUCGGAAUUGCGUUACGUCGCAGUUGGAGAAGGUCGGUUCAACGCGGAAUGUCGAUUGUGUAUGCGCGUUGUCGAGGAGAGAAAGAACACGGUGAAGGAAAUUCUCGUAGAGCGUGCCCAUGAUGCACCUCUAUGUAUUGUAACGCCUGAUUUUAAUGAAAAUGAUGCUUAUAAAGCUCCACCCAUCGAUGAUGACCCGUUUGAAAGCAUAGGUUUCAUAACGGCAUUCUCAACUUGGUCACUUGAGAGAUCUCCUUUGUAUGCUGUGACUACUUCCACCAUGAGUGGCCAGUUAGCUGAAAUGGAGAGGACACUUUCGGAUACGCUGUUUAACGGUGGGAAUGCGGGACCGGUGAGCGUAUCUGGUGCCAGCAGUAACACUUUAGACAUUUUAAGAGGCUACAUGGAAGUGCUGGAAGUAUCAUCUAUACUCGGUUUGGAAAGGGAUAUAUGUGACCAUGCGUACGAUCUAUUCAGGGACUGUUUGCAACAAACCUAUCUGCGAAAUCGAAAUAUCGAAGCUCUUGCAAUAGCAGCAAUCAUCCAAGCCAUGCGGGAAGCGAACGAACCCCGCACUUUGCAGGAAGUAUCUCAAGCAUCGGCGAUACCUCAGAAAGAAAUAGGGAGGCACAUGAAGAUUCUUUCAGAUGCGCUCAAACUGAGCCAACCAAUGAAUAGCAACUCCAUCUCCAGCCACAUGCCUCGUUUUUGUGGCAUUUUACAACUUAGUCAGAAUACACAGAAACUGGCAACACACAUCGGGGAGGUGGUCCUAGACAAAAGCUUUUGCACAAGAAGAAAUCCAAUUAGCAUUUCAGCUGCUGCCAUCUAUUUGGCUUGUCAUCUCGAAGACAAACGGAAAACCCAGACAGAAAUCUGCAAAGCCACAGGACUCACAGAGGUAACUUUGCGAAAAGUGUACAAAGAACUGCUAGAAAAUCUAGAUGACCUUCUGCCAUCUGAUUACACUCCAGCAGUACCAUUGGAGAAAGCUUUCUCAGUGAAUACGGCUUCUUCACUCCGUGUCCAUGUUCAGCGUCAAGCGGCUGGUAUAUCGGGGUUAUCUGAUCCGUCCAUCACAACAACUCCAUACAAUUCAGCCGUUAGCAACAACAGUGUUGGGUUGGCUGGAGAUACAAGCAGUGCAGUAGGAGGCUCAGGGGCAAGUUCUCCAGCCCAACCCAAUAUGGUCAGAGUUCCUGUAUCCGCAGCAUCAGCGAAUGAGCGGGCAACUGCCGUUCCUUACCCGGGGUCCGCCCUUCCUGCCGACGCGAGGGCUGCAGGGAUGCAUAUAUUUGCUGUACCUAACCAAGUCACGGGAGUCAGCAACGGUGUGGAGAGUCUGGAGAGUAAUCGCCAAGAUGCUCCAAAAGAGACAGAGAGAGAGCGAACUGACAGGGAAAAAGAUCGUGACCGAGAAAGAUCCGAGCCCGAAUAUGGAGGUUUGAAAAAAGUGAAUAUGAUGCCUCCUGCCAAUGUGGCAGGAUUCAAUCCUGCCACAUUGACGCAGAGACAUUUUUUCCCAUUUCAUGUCGAUCCACGUGUUUUACAUGAAAUGUGGCCCCUGCAGCUCUAUGGUACAGCUGCAAUGAGACCUGAGGACCCAGCAGCUACUGCAGCUCGAGGUAGUGACAGGAGUAGGGAGGAUGGCUUGCCCGGUGCUGCCCAGCCCAAUCUGAAAGGUCACCCGCAGUAUGUAGGGGUUUUCCCAGGUAUGGCUGAGAAUCUUAAUCCUUCGAUGCAGAUGAAGAUGCUGCAGCUGAUGCAGUCAAGACCGACUGACACAGGUGAACGGCAGGCAGCAUACGACAGAGAGAGGGACGCUGACAGGGACAGAGAUCAUGAAACUGCCGAGCCCGCUGAGAGCGGAAGUCAUAACGGACCAAACCCACCAGCCAAUUCCUCUGCAUCCACGAUUUCAGUUUUCGCGGCCUCAGCAGCAGCGGCUGCCGCUUCAGCAGGCAGAGGUCCGGUGUAUCCAGGUUUCCCCCCUGGACUAUGGCCCUUCAUGAGUAAUAACGGAGGAACUGGACCAUAUGGAUUAUUUCCCCCUCAGCUCAUACCCGGCGGAGGAAUGCCUCAAGCCAUGGUCCAGGGAAUGUCACAAGGUGGAGAAAAUCACUCGGGUGGCGCAGACAAAACUGUCGGAAACAAUAUGGUGUUGGACGGUCUUCCCCACGGGCUUCUCGCCUCUGCUGGAGCGGAGGCUUUGGCGAGAAUGGCUCCUGGUGUCGUGCCAGGGCAGCCAGGUCUAGCUCACGGGCUUCUCGCUUCUGCUGGAGCAGCGGAUGUGUUGGCCAGGAUGGGACCGGGAGUUGUACAAGGUCAAGCAGGUGGACUUGGCGCUCAGUCGAAUGUGAUGUGGCCUGGGGCACAAUUCCAUCAACUUUUUUUGCCUCAGGGGAUGAUUCCGGGUCCCUUGCCAACACCAUGCAGCAGCAAUGGACCCAGUGAUGUAUUAAAUGGAAUAAAGAGAGAUAAUGUAGGUAGCAAUUUAGAAGGAAACGUUAGAUCAUCGACCGCAGGGCCAAAUAUUCACCUUGCACAACGAUCUGUCACUGACCUUUUCCCGAUGCUUGGUAUGACUGGAAACCAUGGAGUUGUACAAGGUCCUCCAGGGCACCCUCCUAGUAACUCUAACCGAACUGACAACGGUGAUACCACGGCCAAUUCAGCAGCUACUGGUAAUCAGACGACAUACGAGCGACAAUUGCCUCACGGUCAGCAUUAGGGAUAUAGGGAUAUAAUAGGGAUGAGUCCGCACUUACUAACGUAGACAAAUCUUUCUGACUCGUGAUAUGAACCGGGUACAUAGGCAAAAUAAACCGAAGCUGACGGUUGUGCAUCCGUCAAACGAUAACCAGUCGGACAUUCGAACUUUGUUCACAACCGGAAGUAAACGACGUGUGU